AUGAGAAUGAAAUGGAAUCAGCACCCAGAGGCCUCUCAAAGACAGCAUCUCCCGGUGAAGUGUGACAUGGAAUUUUCUAGCACAAUACAACCCAGAUACUCUGGAUUCACACACAGCCAGGAUGCCUCACCCAUCAGAUGCAAAGUGAUUAUCCCACCACAGUUUAAAAGUAGCCCCUGUGGCCCUGGCCGGCCUGGCUCAGUGGAUAGAGCAUCAGCCUGCAGACUGAAGGGUCCCAGGUUCGAUUCCAGCCAAGGGCACAUGCCUGGGUUGCGGGCUGGAUCCCCAGUAGGAGGGCGUGCAGGAGGCAGCCAAUCAAUGAUUCUCUCUCAUCAUUGA